AGUCGCCCGCUAGGACUUCCGGUUUGAGAGCUGGAAUGCGAGGCUGGAGAGCCGGGGCCCGGGCCCGACCCUAAGAGGGUGAGGCUGGCCCGGGGGCAGAGAUGCGAGUGGGUUGAGGGGCAGCCCCGAGAAGGAGACGCUCCCAGGGGUGGCCGGAAGGUGCUCUCAGGGCGCCUUAGCCCAGUCGGAGGCCUCUGGAGGAACCGUACGACGGCCCCGAGAGUGACCUGGCCAGAGGGACCGAAGACAAAGAGGCCGGAAUCCCGCACCCGCCGCUCCUUGAGCCGAGUCCCGCUCCCGCGAACCCCGCAGCACCCGGAGCCUCUGGCCAGCAACCGAACUCGUCCUCAGGAGACCCAUUACUACUGCCCCCCUCGGACUCCCUCUCUCCACCAACUCAGUGUGACUCCCCACGCCCACCGGCCCUCGCUUCAGGAACCAAAACCAAUCCUCCCAAUGCGCGAGGUUUCCUGUCAGUAGUGCCCGAAUAGUUGCUGUGAGCGGUUACUUACGCUGUGAGGGAAAACAAAGAUCCAGUAUUCAGAGGAAACUCUUCUUACAGUUGAGAGACUCAUCUGCAGGUGAUUCUCCAAGGACAUGGGAAAAUAGGUGUAAGCCCUCGAACCCUUAAGUGGAGGGGAGCUGCUUUCUGCUGUGAAUGAUGGCCAAACCCACUCUGAGAGGGAAUGGCACUAACUCUGAGACGUUCCGACAGCGCUUCAGGAGAUUUCACUACCAGGAGGUAGCUGGGCCCCGGGAGGCUUUCAGCCAACUCUGGGAACUUUGCUGUCGUUGGCUAAGGCCGGAGGUGCGCACCAAGGAGCAGAUUGUAGAAUUGUUGGUGCUAGAGCAGUUCCUGACCAUCUUACCUGGGGAGAUCCAGAAUUGGGUACAGGAGCAAUGUCCAGAAAGUGGAGAGGAGGCAGUGGCUCUGGUGGAAGAUUUAGAAAGAGAGCCUGGAAGACCUGGACAUUCGGUCACAGUCUCUGUGAAGGGGCAGGAAGUGCGCUUGGAGAAGAUGACACCCCUGAAAUCAUCACGAGAGUUAUUAAGUGUUCGGCAGGAGUCAGUGGAACCCCAGCCCAGGGGUGUAACCAAGAAAGAGAGGGCAAGGAGCCCAGACCUGGGACCACAGGAGCAGAUGAACCCAAAGGAGAAGCUCAGACCUUUUCAAAGGAGCGGAUUUCCAUUUCCUAAAUCCGGUGUGGUCUCCAGGUUGGAGCAAGGAGAGCCAUGGAUCCCUGAUCUGGGCUCCAAGGAGAAGGAACUCCCAAGAGGCAGUCACACAGGAGAUAGACAAAUGCAUGCUGAUCUGUUAUCACCCAAGAGAGAGAGAAGAAGCUGGGUGGACCAGGAUCACUGGGGCUUUGAGGAUGAGAAGGUAGCAGGUGUGCACUGGGGCUACGAAGAGACCAGAACUCUCCUUGCAAUUCUCAGUCAGACUGAGUUUUAUGAGGCUCUCCGAAACUGUCAUCGAAACAGCCAAGUGUAUGGGGCUGUGGCUGAGCGGCUCCGGGAGUAUGGCUUCCUUCGGACCCUGGAACAGUGUCGGACCAAGUUCAAGGGUCUCCAGAAGAGCUAUAGGAAAGUCAAGAGUGGUCAACCACCUGAGACCUGCCCCUUCUUUGAAGAGAUGGAGGCCCUGAUGAGUGCCCAGGUCAUUGCGUUGCCCAGUAAUGGCUUGGAAGAGGCAGCCUCUCACUCUGGCCUGGUAGGCAGCGAUGCCGAGACUGAGGAGCCAGGGCAAGGGGACUGGCAGCAUGAGGAAGUGGAAGAAGCUAUGGCUGAAGAGUCUGACAGUGAUGAAAUGGGCCAGGAAGCCACCCCCCAAGACCCUGACAACUCAACUGCACCUGUUCUUUUUCGAAGCCCAAGUGGUGUACACUGGGGCUAUGAAGAAACAAAGACUUACCUUGCAAUUCUUAGUGAGACUCAGUUCUAUGAAGCCCUCCGGAAUUGUCACCGCAACAGCCAGUUGUAUGGAGCAGUGGCUGAGCGCUUAUGGGAAUAUGGAUUCUUAAGGACACCAGAGCAGUGUCGGACCAAAUUUAAAAGCCUACAAACCAGCUACAGGAAAGUCAAGAACGGCCAAGCACCAGAGACCUGUCCCUUCUUUGCAGAGAUGGAUGCUUUGGUGAGUGCCAGGGUUGUUGCCCCGCCCAGUGACAGCCGGGAAGAAGAGACAGCCUCUUGUCCCAUCCAGGAGACCAGUGAGACCGAAGCUGAGAAGCAAGCUGAGGCGGCAGAAGAGACCAUAGAAGAAGAUUCUGAAGAUGAUGAAGAGGAUACUGAGGUACCCCUGGGGGUUGUCAUGACCCGUGCUCCAGUCUUAUUCCAGAGCCCCAGUGGUUUUGAGGCUGGAUUUCAUAAUGAAGAGAAUCUAAAACGAGAUAUUUCUGAAGAAGUACAACUACAUAGAACAUUACUUGCAAGGUCUGAAAGGAAAGUUUCCCGGCAUCUUACUCAGGGUAAAGGUGGUGAGAGUGAAUGUAGAUCAGGACAACAGUGGGAAAAGACCCCAGGGGAGAGAAGAGGAAAACCAACACCCCCCGAGAGGAGUCUAGGUAAAGUUCUAAAUCAUCAGAGACCUUACUUGGGAGAGAGACCCUGUAAAUAUCUCAGAUACAGCAAAAGCUUUGGUCCCAACUCCCACCUCAUGCAUCAGAUAUCUCAUCAAGUGGAAAAUCCAUAUAAAUGUGCUGACUGUGGGAAAAGCUUCAGUCGGAGUGCACGCCUCAUUAGACACCGGAGAAUCCACACUGGAGAGAAACCUUAUAAGUGUCUUGACUGUGGGAAAAGUUUCCGUGAUAGUUCAAACUUCAUCACCCACAGGAGAAUCCACACAGGAGAAAAACCGUAUCAAUGUGGUGAGUGUGGAAAACGCUUCAAUCAGAGCUCAAGCCUUAUAAUUCACCAGAGAACCCACACAGGAGAAAAGCCCUAUCAAUGUGAAGAGUGUGGAAAAAGCUUCAACAAUAGUUCUCAUUUCAGUGCACAUCGGAGGAUACACACAGGAGAGAGACCCCAUGUGUGUCCUGACUGUGGAAAGAGUUUCAGUAAGAGUUCUGACUUACGUGCACAUCAUAGGACCCACACAGGAGAGAAACCCUAUGGGUGUCAUGACUGUGGCAAGUGCUUCAGUAAAAGUUCCGCUCUUAAUAAGCACCGAGAGAUCCAUACACGAGAAAAACUUCUGUCACAGUCAGCACCUAAGUAAGCCCCUGAGAAUUUAAAGAAAAGAUAAAUGCAUUGAAAUUGUUUGAAAAAGUCUUCUAAUAGUGAUGGUCUCCUAUUCCCUGCCCAACUAGCUUAGGAAACACUCUUAGAUUUACCCCACUCUGUUCCCAUGUUUUUCCUGGAUCUAUCAAUUCCUAAGGUAGUCAUCUUAAGAAUGACAGGAAGAUUUCAGUCCCUCUCCUUGCCUUCAUUGGAAAUGACAGGUAACAUUUUUACCACUCAGUGCCUAUGUUGUUCCCUUAAUAGAGAGGAUGCAGUAGUAGAUCCCAUGUAUUUAUUUAUCCUGUUAUUCAGCUGCAUUUCAACUGGAAAAACCUAUCACAGCAGCAUUUCAGGGAGUUGUGAGACUUUUCUGAGUGGGUCUAGCUCUUUAUGCAAGAAAGUGGCAUUUCCUGUUCACAUAAGCCUGUGCUCAGAAUGACAUUUUCAUGCACACUCUUCAUUUACCUUAAAGGAGAGUUUAAUAUCCAUCUUGGUUCUGACCUAUGAAUCAUCUUAUCAAAAGCGUAGGUGUUCUAUAUGGGGAAACUGUAAACCUUAUAUAAAUAUUGAGGUGUGAACCCUGGAUUUCUUUAUUUUUUCUAACCCCUAGAAGAUCUGGAAUAGAAUAAUACAUUUAGAGCAUCUAGUUUGAUUUUUUUUUUUCCUUCUGUUCCGUCUCAAUCUGAAUUUCAUCUGUCCCUUCUGGUCCAGUAGUGCAAAGAGCAAGCCAGAUGGAUAUGCUGAUAUGAGAGAAGGCAGUUAGAGCUGCCAAUAGGGGAUUUUCUGCAUUCCACACGCUCCAAACACCUAGUUUAGUGUUAUACAGCACCCCAUGGGCGCUCAAUACUAACCUGCACUGAGCAGAAACCACUGCCAUGUACCCAUGGAUUAGGAAACAGACCACUCUGUGCCAACUCUUUACCCUAAUAGCAAGGAGGACAGAUUAUCUUUGGUCACUGGAGUUGCCAAUACUCGCACACAUGCAUGUGCACAUACUCAACUGUAUAGAUCCAUUUUUAAAAGUUCUUCAAACACAAGUGUAAUUCUGAUCUGUAUAAUCAAAUAGUACUGAAUUAAUUGCCCAUCUAUUCAUAGUAGUAUGAUGAGCCCUAUACAGCACAAGGUAAACAGACCCUGUCCUUGUUCUUACAGUCUAAAACAGAUGACACUGACAUGGACAAAUAAUAAAUGCACAUGUAGAGCUGCAGCAGUUUUAGAGAAAUCUAGAAAUCUAGUAACAUUUUGCAUAAAUGUUAAGGUCUAAUGCAUUAUAGUUUUCUAUAAGAAAAAUGUGGGAGGUAUUUUCUUUUUAUUCAGGAAGGCUUCAUGAAACAGCAAGUGUUCAAAGGAAGGAAAGUUACCAGGUAAAUUAGGGUGGGAUGAACUCUCCAAAACUAAUCACAAAACUAAGUGCUGAGUGGGUGAGAAAUGGGAAAAUUCGAGAGCAAGGUGUUUUAUGCAGAUGGAGCCCAGGGCAAAAGACAGACUGUAAGGAAAGUUAGACAAAGCUUGGAGCAGCACAAAAUCUGAGGAAUAGUAUGAUCUAGGCUAUGCACAAGGCAGAGAACUGCCUUAACUGGAACAUGGAGUGCCAGAGGCAGAUCAGGAGGUGGUGGUCCCCAUCCACCUAUAAUAAAUCAGAUACUGUGCUGUACUUUUUGAUGAAAGAGCCAGCUCAUACUGGGGAAGAAUGAGCAGUUUAGGAGUCUAGCUCCUAUGGGAGACAAAGGUCAGAAAUUAAUAUCUUGAGAAGAUACUUCAGUGGGCAGGUCUGAGGAAGGAGGAAUGUGAACAGAUGGCCAAGGCCUGGGAUAAGUAGCUGUUUCAUAUUCACAUUUAAUCAGUCCUGUGGCUGGAAUGAGAUAUCAAAGAGGAGUGGGGAUACAGAAUAUUCUGUAAUUCAUAGCUUGCUGUGUUAGAUGAGAGGUUGAUUAGGGUUCUUGUGUUGAGGGAUCCUACUACAAAGAAUCUCCUAAUGUUUAUUAGGAGGAGAUCGUGUCUCAAUUAUGUGGCCUAAGCAGACAGGAAGAUAGAAGAAACAUUAGUCUAAAGCAGUGCCUCAGGAUCUGAGAUGGUUUAGUAAGUAUGUUUUUAAAUGUGUGUUUUUUGAUAUGAGAGAUUACUGUCUUUAGUAUAUUUAUGGAAAGUUGUGUGUAAAAAGCACUGGUUGGGGUAUCAGCAGAUAUGAAUUCUGGUUCCAGAUGUCUUGUGUGUAAGUCAACCUGUUUCCAUCUCCCUUUCUGUAAAGCAGAAUAAUGUUUACACCUUAAUCUGCCUCUCAGGGAUACCAUGUUAAUAAAAAUUAUGUCUAUAAAGUACCCAGUGUUUCUUCAGGUGGUUUUUCCCCCUCCCCAAAUAUACAUGUGCAAAUUAUUAAGUUGUUGCUGCUAGGAAAAGAUAAAUUUUUAUCUGCUUUUUUGGCUCCCUGUGUGGCCUUACUUGAAGUAUGCCUGUUUGAAUCUUUAUUUUCUAGACUGAGAAACAAAUUAGGAUGUGGUAAAAGAGAAAUUAGAAUGAAAAUCCUUCCGUGGUGUCUGUAUCUGUAUCCAUUAGGACAGUGGCAUUAGGACCUGUCAUAACUGGGCAUGGAGAGUAAGUCUUACUUUAAAAGACCCAGGACCAGUCUCCUCUCCCCCCACCAACCUCCAGAUGAAGAGAAUGUACAUAAGGAAUAGGGCAAAGGCAAACUCUCUUACUGGGGAAAGCCCAUUUCUUAGACUAGCUUAACAAGCCAUUUUCUGCUACCCAGUCUGCCAUUGUGGAGGAUGGAAGAAGCAAGAAAUAGUCUUCAAACAUUCUAAGAGAAACCAAGGCCACUGUAGGUGGAGCAAGAGGAUCUGUGCACCCUACCAUUUUAAUACUCAUAAGACCUCUGUGGGGACAGACUGAGUGACAUGUAUAGCAAAGGAAGCAGGGAUGUAUUAGGAGGAGCUGGACAAUCAUCUCCUCAACACUUUUUUCCUAAUGCUGUUACUUAUUCUUCAUUUUCCCCACACUAUCAUUUCUUUUUAAGAUUUGUUUUAGAGAGAGAAAGUGUGCAUGUGGGAGUAGGGAAGAGGGGCAGAGGGA